GUGACGACUUUGUAAACCCUAAAUACAAGUUCUUGAUUUGAAUUUGAUUAUUGUAUCUAAUCUUCACUUGAACUAUUAGUUUCAGAUUCUAGUAAUUGCAAAUAAAGUUUACCCAAUGUCGGAAGAAACAAAUCCUUCUGUACUUCUCUCUACACCUUCUUCAUUGGAAUCCAAAUUCCGUAGUUUAUAUUCUCCUGAAACAACUUCAACGCCUCGGCAAUGGAGGCCAGCGGCGCAGAGGAAUCUCCGGAAUCGGUGGUCGAAUUUGGCUCAGUACAGGAAGGAUUGGUCUACACAUUUGGAAAAGGGACUUAAGAUCGCUAAUUCUCUUGUGAACAACUACCUUUCUCAAAGAUACAUAAAAGGAUGGGAAUUUGGUGUUGUUAGUGACAUGCCUGAUAUUCGAAAGAAAACUUGUCAAAAGUUGUACAAGAAUCAAAUACUUGAUAGGAGCAAAUUGUUACAUUGCUACAAAGAUAUGGUAGCAACCACUGUUAAAAUGUUCCAAGCUGCUGCAUUGAUGAGAUGUUUUACGAAAGGUAUUGGUAGCCCAAUUGUGAAAUUCGAUUUCUGUCCUGAUGAGAAUGGACAUAAUGAUGAUGGUGAUGGUGGGGGGAUCAAAGUGUUUAGGUUUUUGUCAAUCUCAUCUUUUGAAAAGUUAGCUGCAGAGCUUGUUGAGAUGUUUGCAUUGGAGUUGAAUUUGAAGCGAUUGCUUGUAGUGGAAUUUCUCUCUAUCGAUUGUGGAGAAUUAACAGGACCAUGUUGGUCCGAUGAACUUUACUCUGGAGAAUUUGAUGACUUGUAUUUAUGCUGUCUAUAUUCAAAAGAAACUAACAAGCUAAAGAAUCCUAAGAUGAAAGAAGGGCAGGAAACAGAUAUGCCAGUCAAAAGGACUAACCAUCAACUUGACCGUGAUGUUCUAGAGGUCUACCAAACAACCUGGCUUGCUGAAGUGAACAUAGAUACAUGCAGGUUGGAGGAAAUCUUUUCUGAAGCUGGAGAGGAAAUCCAAGUUAAGUUUUUUUGAACCAGCGCUUGUCCAUUGGCUUGUCACAAUUAGCGGAUUUCAAAUAGUGGCGCAGAGAAGCUACGGUAUUGUGAUAUUCAAGUCAUUGUUUUAGUUUCAUUAAUUUGACUCAGAAUGGCAAGGAGAAGUGGCUAUGAAAUGAGCUGAUCAGGAUGGGUCUAUAAACCGGGUUUUGUAUGAAAAAGAUUCAAUGGAAGAUCUCCCCAAGAAGCAAAGAUGCCCUUUCUACAAGAUACCAAAGCUGUCAAAUUCAAUUAGUCCCUUCUUAUUAUACUCAUUUACUUCACUAAGUUCAUUGCACCAUAAAUUUUUCUUGUACUCAUACUUUGAUAUAACAUUCAUUUUAGAAGAAAACAAAUCUCAUUAAUUGUUGUGACCUUUUAUUAAAUGAGUUAAGUAUUAAAUUCAUGAA